AUGAACAAUUUAGGCAUUUUAAAUAAUAGAUUCCAUUAAAAAGCUAUUUAAAAUAGAAUGAAAACUCAAUCUAAUCAAUUUUAUAUGAUCAAUACUCAAAUAAAGAAAUAAAAAAAUGAAUAUUAUCAAAAAUGGUUGAGAUAAAGAGAAAAAGAUUUUAAUUCAUCCACAGAUACAUGUUUGGAUAUAAUUACACCUAAUCUUCCUAAACCUAAAAUUCCAAAUACAUUUUAAGUUAAAUUUAUCAAUGAUAUUUUAAAUAAUAAUAAUAAGAACUCAUUCCAUUAUUGA